CACACACACACACACACACACACACACACACACACACACCCUCCUCUGAAAGCCUUUACUCAUAUUGUCCUUGCACUGCUCCCAGCUUGUCUACUUGCCAACAAGAAUGUAUUAAUUUGUUGGGGGGGGUCUGAACAAGCAAGAAGGCCUCUACUGGUUGCUGAUCAAGAAGAUCCUCACUAUCAUCAUCAAUGUAGCAGCAACGGUGGUGUUGACGGUAACUCUAGUGCCACGGGUUUUCUUGCUUUUAGCACCAUUGUUGCAGCUACUUGUUCUUUCACUUCUGGCUAUCGUCUACGGACGCCUGCUCUCCCUCAGUCAUCUCUCAAUUUCUCUCCCUCAGUCAUCUCUCAAUUUCUGAGUUUCUUUUUAAAAUACUAUCGUGUGAUCAGUUCUCUAAAAUAAUGUUUGUCGGUGGGCCUUUAGAGAUGGUUCGGCCGCAAGGAGAUUAAUUUGUUUCUAAUUUAAGUAAGGGAAAUAGAGGUUUCAAGUCCCUAAAAUCUAACAAGAGUCACAUUCAAUCCAUUAGUUUUAAAAAAGCUUUGAUUUGGGUCCUUGAUUUUGAAUAUUGGGUCAUAUUACACCCCUCCACGGAUCCAUUUCUACCUGAAUUUAUUAUGCAACACACGUGGAAGAAUCCAUGCCUUCCACCAAGGAUGGAACAGGUGAUUGAUGUAAAGUUUCAAAUUCUAAGAAUAGUUUGGAUGCAAAGAUCACACGAGACACACAAUCUAAGAGUCAAGAAAACAGUUAUUAGUCCUGUGUUUUAUUUUAUUUUUUUAAUUUAAAUAACGUUGUUUUGAACAAAAAUUAAUUUUUUUUUGAAUUAACCUAACCGUGUCUUAUUUAGAUUUCUGAAAUCUUGAGUCGACAGAUUUUAUUUUUAUAUAUUUUUUUAAAAUAUUAUUUUAAUAUAUAAAAAACAAAACCAUCUGCCCUCCCGAACAUGGCUAUAUCGAUGGACCACAUAUUACUAUAUUAGCGAUCACCACGGUCUUGAACUUGGAUGGGCAAAGAGUCUCUCUCUCUUUCACCCUCCUCUGAAAGCCUUGGCUCGUAUUGUUCUUGCACUGCUCCCAUUCAGAGCACUUGCCAACAAGAAGAUAUUUAUGGGGGGAUCUGAGCAAGCAAGAAGGCCUCUGCUGGUUGCUGAUCAAGAAGAUCCUCACUAUCAUCAAAGUAGCAACGGUGGUGUUGACGGUAACUCUACUGCCACGGGUUUUCUUGUUUUUAGCACCAUUGUUGCAGCUACUUGUUCUUUCACUUCUGGCUAUUGUAUUGGAUAUUCGUCCCCUGCUGAAUAUGGAGUCUUAGCUGAUUUGAGCCUCUCUAUGGCAGAGUACUCGGUUUUUGGUUCAAUGUUGGCUGUUGGAGGAAUGAUUGGUGCAUUGAUGAGCGGGAAGACAGCCGAUUACUUUGGCCAUAGAACUACAAUGUGGAUCAUCAAUGUCUUCUUCAUCUUAGGGUGGCUUGCAAUAGCAUUCACCAAGGUUUCUUGGUUGCUUGACCUUGGAAGACUUCUGCAAGGAAUUGGAAUUGCUCUUACUUCUUAUGUGGGAAAUAUUUUUAUUGCAGAAAUAACACCCAAGAAUCUUAGAGGAGGACUUAUGACAUUCAAUCCGUGGAUGACUGGUUCUGGAGUAGCAAUUGUAUAUCUUAUUGGUUCGGUUGUAAAAUGGCGUGGACUGGCUCUAAUAGGAAGCAUUCCAUGUCUCCUACAGAUUCUUUGUCUAUUCUUCAUCCCAGAGUCCCCCAGAUGGCUAUUAAAGAAUGGUCGUAAAAAGGAGUUUGAAGGUGUUUUGCAGCGUCUUAGAGGAAAGAAAGCUGACAUUUCUCCAGAAGCAGCUGAGAUCAAAGAAUAUGCAGAAUUUAUUCAACUUCUCUCAGAGAAUAAAAUUCUGGACUUGUUUCAGAAGAAGUAUGCUCGACCAAUCAUUGUUGCAGUUGGGCUGAUGACACUCACACAAUUUUCAGGGUUACCUGGCUAUACAUUUUACAUGACUAAUAUUUUUGUUUUGGCUGGUAUUUCAUCUAAAGCUGGAUAUGUAACAUUGGCCAUCGUAAAGAUUCUGUCAACCACUAUGGCUAUAUUCUUAAUUGACAAAUUCGGAAGGCGGACGCUUUUGAUGGUUUCUGCAGCUGGGACUUGCUUGGGUUCUUUGCUUACUGGAUUCUCGUUCUCGUUGCAGGACCAUCACUAUUGGAUAUCUUCAUUAGCACUCAUGGGAGUGUCGGUUUAUUUCGUAUCUUUCAAUCUAGGCAUUUCAGGAAUACCAUGGAUUAUAAUGUCUGAGAUAUUCCCAGUAAAUGUGAAAGGAUCAGCUGGAAGCCUUUGCAAUUUAAUAUAUUGGUUCUCUAGUUGGGUUGUUUCUUACACCUUCAACUUUCUAUUGGAAUGGAGCUCUACAGGAACGUUCAUCAUAUUUGCAGGUGUUUCUGCAUUCGGUUUUUUAUUCACAGUAAUGCUGGUGCCGGAGACUAAAGGAAGGUCACUAGAAGAAAUACAAGCAUCAGUGACCAAUGUUUUGCAUUAAAGAAAUGCUAAGCUCUCGUUUGUUUAAUGGAAAUUAUUAGAAUAUCCUACCAUCAUUUGUUGAAGUUAGGCAACAGAUGUGAUUUAUAGAUUUUAGUAUUUGCAACAUCUGUGCUGUCAUUAAUUCUUGCAUGGAUUGAGCAACAUCAUAUGAGACCAAUGAAAAAAGUUCACACCAGUUUAGAAUUAUUAGAUUCUACAAACUCAUCUACAUCAAGAAAUUAACUUGGAGUUCAUCUGGUCAA